GUGAGGUGUAUGGACGUUGGAGAAACAAGAGUGUGUUGGAUUAAUGUCCUCCUGGCCGCCUAAAGGUGACGAUGCCACGUGCGUCCGAUAUACCUGCGAGCAGUGCAAAAAUGCAGAGCAAACUAAGCGCCUGGACGCCCCUGAACCACCCCUUGACCAACAGCCGGCUUUUCGAGGAGAGACGUUGGCUGCUUAAAAAGUGGGUAAGUCGGACUCUCAGCUUCGCGCCGCAACUUUCUCCUUCCUCCUCCUCUUCCACGUCUUCGUGCACCCGACAGUUCCGCGGCUGGUCCGAGAGCCAGCGGAGGGUGGUGCUCAGCGACAUCCUCAGCAAAUGUUCCAAGGAGCAGCUGGAGUUUGUGGGCAGCUGUGUGAGCAGACAGCUCCCCCUGCAGGCCGCUGACUUCACCUGCGUGCUGCCCAGAACCGUCUGCCUCUACGUCUUCUCCUUCCUGGACCCUCGCAGCCUCUGUCGCUGUGCUCAGGUGAGCUGGCGCUGGAGGAGCCUGGCGGAAAUGGACCAGGUGUGGAUGCCCAAGUGCGUGAGACUGGGCUGGUUCCUCACCUUCUGGCCCUCGCAGUUUGAAGGAGGCGCGUGGAAGAGACAGUACGUCCAGAAGGUGAAGGACAUCCUCCUGGCUCCAAACAACCAGCACACCGAGGUUGCAGCGAGCAGCAAGCGGGAGGUGUCAGAUGUUCCUCUGCCAGGCAAGCAGGAAGUGUCAGAUGUUCCUCAGCGAAGUGACGAGCAGGACGCCAGGAGGAGGUUUGGCGGCAGAUCGAAGAAGGAGAAAGUUCCGCCUUGGAGAGACGCUGACAGAUGUCCCAAAGACACCAGACGCUUCAACUACCUGGACAACUUGGACACCAUUAACCCAGCCAUUGGACCAAUCACAGCAGCGUCAACAAAGGGCAGAGACAACAUUUUCGAGACAAAAACUCAGCAAUCAAACGACAUGAGAAGGAAGAUGUUGUCUGACACAAACUACAAACUACGCAAGGUUAAAUCUCUGAUGCUCCUCACUUCAAACUGCGAACAAGACAGUCCUCCUCAGCCCCGCUGGGCGUCUCCCAGUCCGAGUGUGCCGGUUACCAUGGAGACGGCGGAGAAGUUGCUGAGGUUAAGUCAGUGGAAUGCUGGGAAACGUCCGGGCCCUGCGAGGACGCCGAUACCCAGCAUGAGUGUGGAGGCCCUUAAAGCCUCUCAGCGUUCAAACAGGAGCCUUCCCAGUGCACCGCUGUUUGAAUUCCAGCCUUGGACUUGGUCUGGAACGCUCCAACAACACGCCAAAUGACCAACACCGUCCCCUGCAGGAGAACUACGGAAUGACAGCUGCACGUUCAAGUCAAACAUUUUUGAUCCAUGGGGAAAAAGCUGCUGGAAUGAAUACAGUUUUUGGGCUGGAAUAAAAUAAAGCGGUUGGUUUCCAGUCAACGACAGCAUGUUAGAAAUGUACCACCUUUAUUACCCAAUAGCACACUUUCAUCAAACAUCUUGCAUUCUUCACACGGAAAUGAAAUAUACAUCUUUGCAUAGUAAAAGCCAUCCGAAAUAUGUUCUUCUUUUGUGUGAGGAGUGUUUUAAGUGA